AAUGAUAAAAACUCGAACAAAAUAAAUAAAUUUUGGGAUUUGCAAACGAAGAGACAAAAUAUUAUCGUGGAGAUAAAGUUGCUUGAAGAAAAAAACAAGUUGGUUGAGAAGGAGCUGGAGUGUCAUAUUAAUAUUGAACAGACUCAACAAAUUCUGGAUACGACAAGAGAGAACCGAAGUCAAGUUAGUUUAUUACAACAAGCAAUUACAAGAAAAAUUGGAAAACGCGUAUUGGAUGAAACACAAGUAUCUCGCGAGCCACCAAAAAGUAAGAUUAAAGUUAUUAAUGAGAACGAAACUGCACAUGAUUCUAGCGAAGAGAGUGAAGUGGAAAAGUUGAUGUAG